UGCGAGAAGAGUUCAGAUGACCAGACUGGUCUUUAGCAUAUAUUCAUGCUAAAGAAAUGGAUAACUGAAGAAGGUUCAAUUUGUCUCUGCCAAAUAGAAGCUAAGCAUUUGCAGCCCAUAUAAAACAAAGGCCAUGCUAAAUUUGCAUAUUCAGACAGCUCAAUCUGAAUGACACAGUGAAUUCCAGAAACUCUGUUGAACCAUUUAUCCCUGGAGUCCGACCAUGUUCGCAAAGCGUAUUUUCCAGAUGGCCACUCAUCGUCUCCCUCAGCAUAAUGUGGGUGAUUACCUAAGAUCCAAUGAACUUGACCUACAAAUUAGUGUACACUAUGGUAUUCCUUCAACAGCAUCAAUCCUAGCUAUUGAUCCAAUUCAGCGCCUUUUGGCUGUAGGAACUCUAGAUGGUAGAAUUAAAGUAAUUGGAGGAGAUAAUAUUGAAUCACUUUUGGUUUCCCCAAGGCAAUUGCCAUACAAAUACCUGGAGUUCCUUCAGAACCACGGUUUUUUGGUCAGCAUCACGAAUGACAAUGAUAUUCAGGUUUGGAGUCUUAGAAACAGCUCUCUUGCUUGUUGUUUGGUGUGGGAUUCCAACAUUACUGCUUUCUCCAUUAUCAGCAGCUCCCAUUUCAUGUAUAUUGGAGAUGAAUAUGGAUCUGUGUCAGUUUUGAAGUACUCUGUUGAAGAUGGACAGCUUCUCCGAAUGCCAUAUCAUAUAUCUUUAGCUUCUGUUGCUGAAGCAACUGAUCUGUCACUAUCUAAUCAUCAACCCAUAGUUGGAGUUCUUCCACAACCAUUUACUUAUGGAAACAGACUAUUGAUUGCAUAUGACAAUGGACUAAUUAUAUUAUGGGACGUCAUUGAAGCCCGAGUUCUCAUUGUUAAAGGUGACAAGUCCCUCCAAUUGAAGGAUGAUAGUGUUGAGCCUUUGAAGAUUUCAGAAGAAAAGGAGAUAAGUUCCCUUUGUUGGGCAUCCUCUGAUGGAUCCAUUCUUGCUGCUGGAUACAUAGAUGGAGAUAUUCUUUUCUGGAAAAUAACAACAGUUGCUCCUAGCAAAGGCCAAAAGAAUGGAUUGUUGAAUAAUGUCGUUAGGUUACAGCUAUCUUCUGCUGAUAAGAGACUCCCUAUCAUUCUCUUGCAUUGGUGGGAAAAUAGUAAAUCUCACAAUGUGGGUGAUGGUCAACUUCUUAUUUAUGGUGGCGAUGAGAUAGGAUCUGAAGAGGUUUUGACGAUUCUUAGGCUUGAAUGGUCAUCUGGAAUGGAGAUCCUUAAAUGUGUUGGUCGUGUAGAUCUCACAAUGUCUGGCUCCUUUGCUGAUGUGAUUUUAAUGCCAUCUGCUGGCACAACAGGGACUAAUAAAAAUUAUGCUCUAUUUGUUUUGACAAAUCCUGGGCAACUAAAAGCUUUUGAUUGCUCUAGUCUGUUCCCCAUUCUAUCUCAACAAGAGAAGAAACUAUCACUGUCUGAUAUGGACUAUCCAGCAGAGCUUCAUAUAGUUGAUCCUUCUAUGACUGUGGCAAAACUUUUUCAGAUACCCGUAGACGUGGACUUGUCUGAGGCUUUGUUGGAGGACACUUUCUUCAAGAAAUUUAGUUCAACAGCAACCUCAUCUGGUGUGAGAAGCUGGGCCUUGACUGGAGGUGUGUCCAAUCAUUUGACCCUAAGAAAUGCUAACCGGAUUGAGCGGGUUUAUAUAGCUGGUUAUCACGAUGGAUCUUUUCGAAUGUGGGAUGCCACACAUCCUGUCUUGUCAUUGCUUUGCGUAUUCGAAAGUGAGGUUAGAGGAAAAAACACAACCAUCUCUAGUGCUUCCAUAACAAAGAUUGGUUUCUGCUUCAAGACAUUACGAUUAGUGGUUGGCGAUGAAUGUGGUCUGGUCCGUCUUUAUGAACUUAGAGGAAAUGGUGGGGCAAAUUUCCAUUAUGUUGAUCAAACUACACAGGAAGUUCUUGAAUUAGCUCAUAGCCAAGGACCUAAUUGCAGAGCUGUGAUAAAACUUCUUGGUUCUCCAAUUCAAGCUCUUGAAUUUACAAAUUCUGGAGCCACGCUUACAAUUGGAUACACAGGUGCACAAAUUGCGGUACUUGAUAUGAUUUCAUUGUCUCUUUUGUUCUUAACGGGGUCAAUUUCUGGUGGUAGUUCUCCAUUAGUGUCAGUCAUCCCAAAGGCAUAUAAGCAUUAUCACAGUCAUAUGAAAAGCCCAAAAGUACUUUCAGAAAAUCAUACAGGAGAACUAAUGUUUGUGUUGACAAAGGAUGCAAAAAUUUAUGCUAUUGAUGAUCGUGAUGGAAAAGUGGCCAGUACAAGCACAACACAACCACAUUCAAAGAAGGAAUCAACUGCAAUUGCUAUGUAUGUCAUAGAGUGUGAUAGAACAGUCUCCUCACUAUCAAAUAACCAGCUACAGUCAUCCAAGGAUGAAGAUGUGAGAAAAGAUCAUGUUACGGAUAUGAGAGCUAAGAAAAGUGAACAAUCUGAGGCUUUCUCCUCAGCCGAUAUCUCCUCUCUGAAAAAGAAUCACAAAGAUUCUCUUGUUUUACUAUGUUGUAAAGAAACGCUACGCACAUAUGCCUCAAAGUCUAUAGUUCAGGGAGACAGAAAGUCUAUUCGCAAAGUCAAAUUUGAAAAACCCUGUUGUUGGACUGCUACUUUUAAUGUGAAUAGUGAAGUUUCUGGGCUGAUAUUACUCUUUCAGACAGGAGAGAUAGAGAUCAGAUCUUUACCUGAUCUCGUAGUUGCAAUGGAGACCUCAUUGAUGUCUGUUCUAAGGUGGAACUUCAAACCAAAUAUGGAGAGGACAAUGAGCUCUGUUGAAAACGGGCAUAUUACUAUGGUGAAUGGGUCUGAAGUUGCAUUUCUCUCGCUAGCAUCUGGUAAAAAUGAUUUCAGGAUUCCAGAGUCUCUGCCUUCACUGCAUGAUGAAGUCCUUGCAGCAGCGGCAGAAAGUGCAAUAAACUUCACCUCAAAUCAGAAGAAAAAGCAGGGUUCUAGCUCCAAUCUUCUCGGAAACAUUGUGCUGGGAUUUAAAGGGAGGAAAUUGAGCCAUAACAUGGAUACUGCCCUGACUUCCAAGUCAAUGUUUGAUAAUUUGGAAAGAGUUUUUAUGAGGACCUCAUCCCCAGAGUGGCCUUUGGCAGUGCCUGAUAAACAAGAAGAUGUUGAGCUUAAUAUUGAUGAUAUUGUAAUUGAUGAGCCCACACCUUUGGCUUCCACAUCAUCUCAAGUACAAAAUAGCAAAAGAGAUACAAAAACUGAAAGAGAAAGAUUGUUAGAUUUUGAGAGCACAGAUUCAAAACCUAGACUUCGGACACGUGAAGAAAUAUUAGCAACAUACCGAAAGGCUGGUGAUGCGUCAUCAGCAGCUGGCCAAGCAAGAAACAAGCUUUUAGAACGCCAAGAAAAACUAGAGAGAAUCAGCAAACGAACUGAAGAACUUAGCAGUGGAGCUGAAGACUUUGCAUCAUUAGCAGAUGAGCUAGUUAAGGCGAUGGAAGCCCGAAAGUGGUGGCAUAUUUGAAACAUUUAAAUGUACGAUACAUUCUUUGUGUUUUUCUGUGCCACUGGUGGUAGGGUCACAGAAAAUAAAGUGGUUUAGCCAUAUACUUCAUAUUUGAAACCGUGGUGAGAGUUGUUUCAGCUGCCCGUAGUUUGGAUUCUUGACAUUUACAACUCUACCAUUGCAAAUAUUAGCGUAAUUUAUCAAUUACUUUUGUAGACUAUGUACUAGACUCC